AUGGCCACUACUAUUCCAUCACCAUUUAACUGGGACUCUUCUUUCUGCGUUGGUAACAAUGAACUGAAUGAACAACACAAAAAGCUUUUCGCUCUCAUCAACGCUUUAGACGCCAACAGAUCCAGUGCUUCCGCAUUGAAGGAAUUACUUGAUUUUGUCGUUGUGCAUUUCAAGACUGAGGAAGAUUUAUUCGCAAAGGUGAAUUUCUCUGAUUCUGCUUCUCAUAAAGAGACUCAUGAUAAGUUUGUUCAAGAUGCUUUGAAUUUGAAGAGUGUUGGAGAUGCUGAAAUUCAAUUCAUUAAGCAAUGGUUGGUGAAUCACAUUAAGGGAUCUGAUAUGAAGUACAAGGGUGUUCUUUAA